AGCCUACUGAAACCAGUUUAUCAAUCCAUGAAUAUCGUGCAUUGCAAUCAAAGAUUUGUUGAGUCAACUCAGUCCCUCUAGGUUUUCUGCUGAGUCCGGCCUGAGAGUUUUUGAACUGCCACUCCCUUCUGUUAUUAGUGGGCACUAUGUGGUGCUAUGCAGCCCGUCUGCCAGGUAGUUGUGUACAUGAGCAUGAAGUGAAACUUUAGAUAAGGUAUUUAGUUGUCAAUAAUCCUUGUUUUCUAAAGAACUUUCAUUUCCCAGAGUAAACACUUUAUAUGUGAGUUUUGUAAUACGGUUUUGAUUAUUUUUGGAUCAAGCAAUUGUGUUCUACAGGAGUGCCACAGCAGUUACCUAACAGCAUUUGGUAUACAUAGCUCUGUGCUCUUGUGGUAUUUUCACACAAUCCUGAAGCCAUCUUCUCCUCAUGAGAUUCUUAAGAAGGUUCCCUUCAUUGGGCAGAAGGGUGACCAAGUUAUUUGCAACUAACAAUCAGCCCAAAGCCCAUCUCCAUACUCACCUCAAACCACCAAAAUCAAACCAAACUCUGAAAAGGUACCUUCAAUCCAAUAACACUAGCAAGGUUCUCCUUUUCUUCCGCAUCUUAUUGAGAAAACACCCUUCUUCAAUUGACAGCUUCUCCCUCAUGUUUGCCCUUAAAGCUUGCACCCUAAAGUCUUCCUUGGUUGAAGGAAAACAAAUGCAUGCGCUUGUCAUAAGCUUUGGCUUUGAACCCAUCAUUUUCCUCCAAACAUCUCUCAUAAACAUGUAUUCAGCAACGGGAAAUGUUGCUGAUGCACAUAAUAUGUUUGACGAAAUACCUUCCAAAAAUCUCAUCUCUUGGACUUCCGUGAUUUCUGCUUAUGUUGACAAUCAGAGGCCCAAUAAAGCUCUUCAGCUCUUCAGGCAGAUGCAGAUGGAUGAUGUGCAACCUGAUAUAGUCACAGUAACUGUAGCUCUCUCCGCCUGUGCUGACCUUGGGGCGUUAGACAUGGGAGAAUGGAUUCAUGCUUACAUCCGCCAUAGAGGACUCGAUACAGAUUUAUGCCUAAACAAUUCUCUCAUAAACAUGUAUUCAAAAUGUGGGGAGAUCGGUACUGCCAGGAGAUUGUUUGAUGGUACGCAGAAGAAGGAUGUCACAACCUGGACAUCCAUGAUUGUGGGGCAUGCCCUGCAUGGACAAGCAGAAGAGGCGCUUCAACUUUUUACAGAAAUGAAAGAAACGAACAAAAGGGCAAGGAAGAACAAGAGGAAUGGUGAACACGAGAGCUCUUUAGUCCUCCCUAAUGAUGUUACUUUCAUGGGAGUUUUAAUGGCCUGCAGCCAUGCAGGUCUUGUGGAAGAAGGGAAGCAGCAUUUCAGAAGCAUGAAAGAGGAUUAUAGCUUGAGGCCAAGAAUUUCCCACUUUGGCUGCAUGGUGGAUCUUUUAUGCCGUGCUGGUCUCCUAACAGAAGCUUAUGAGUUUAUAUUGAAGAUGCCCGUGCGGCCAAACGCAGUGGUGUGGCGUACAUUGCUAAGUGCAUGCAGCCUCCAAUGCGACAGCAACGGCAACGGCAACAUUAAGAUUUGCUCAGAAGCCCGUCGGCAGCUGCUCGAGCUGGAGCCUAGCCAUGUUGGUGACAAUGUCAUCAUGUCAAAUUUAUAUGCUGCCAAAGGCAUGUGGGAUAAGAAGAUGUUAGUCAGAAACCAAAUAAAGCAGAGGAGAGAUCCAGGUUGCAGUUCAAUUGAAGUGGGAAUUGACAUUAAAGAGUUUGUUGCUGCAGAUGAUCAACAUCCAUGUAUGCCUCAGAUAUAUGAGAUUCUUGACCACCUGACUAGAACCAUGAGAGCUUCUGACUCUGCUCUGGGGACAGACACCCCCAUGGAGUGAUAUAUAGUAUACAGAGUACUGAUCAUCUACGGCUCAACUUAUUUGCCCAAAAAAUUAUAUCUCUGUAAUUAAGAAAUGUUUUGAAGUAGAACAUGGCCUCAUAGAGUUUGUCCUCCCUACAGUGAGGUAUUUUUCAUCAGACCACCUUUUAGGGAAUAAUAUCUGAAGGAGAAAUAGCCAACUCAA